AAUAUAAACCUUAAAGAUGAAGUAAUGAAAUUAAGAAAUGAUAUUGAGGAAAUCAAAAAGAAAGAUCAAAUCAUUACUAAUACUCAGGAUAUACUUUCUACAGAAGAUAUUUCAUCUGAAAAUUUGGAACGAAGUCCCCAAGAUAAUAGUUCUAAGCAGAUAGACUUGCAAUGUGAUGAAACUCCU